AUGAGUGCGAAUGAUGAAAAGUUCGGCUACAAUGACAAACUGUCCUUAUAUGCUGAAUGGUAUGACCACGAUGUUGCCUUCCUUAACAAUUUUCUGGUCCACUACUACCCCAGCGACAACACUUUGGACGUCUUCGAUCUGGACCUAGAAAGGCUAUAUUUGAAACGAACCAUAAUGGAUUCUCUAACCUAUAAUUAUAUGUACGGGGCUAACACCAUCAGAGUUUACGGUAGGCAGAUAAAAUUAAUACACUACGCUUAUUGUGAGACCAAUGAUAUUGUUGAUAAACUUGCUGAGAUUGUUACGCGAAUUCAAAAUGAAGGAUUCCGUACCAAUAGGAUGCGGAUGUGCAUUUUGAAAUUCUAUGAAGAGGUACGAGGUGAUAGUGAGCUCGCGUUUCUAGUGGAGCACAUAAUAAGCGGUUCAAUAGUGGCUCUGGAACUAGUCGUCUUAAAUGCUUGGAGAAGAUGGAGAGAUUUCAUGGGUCUUAACAUUAUGACUGCGAAAGCCAACGAGUUUGAUUACAAGGACAAGUUGUCCUUCCUAGCAGAAUGGCACGACUAUAACUCUGCCUACCACAAGAACUUCGUGGUCAACUACUACCCCAGUGACAACACAUUGGACAUCUUCGACAGAGACUUGAAAAGGAUCUAUCUGAAGCGAACGAUCAUGGACACGUUAUGUUAUGCUGACAUGUAUGUAGGAAACACCAUUAGAGUCUACGGCAGACAGAUCAAACUGACCGAUUAUGGUGAUUGCAAGACCAAAUCUAUUGUGAGUAAAACGGAAGAGAGGACUUUGGCUAUAUUGAAACCUUGUGUGAUAGAUAAGCUUGGUGAGAUUAUUACAAAUAUUCAAGACCAUGGAUUCCAUAUCAAUAGGAUGCGGAUGUGUCUCUUGAACAGACGUGAAGCUUUGGACUUUUACCAAAAGCUUCGAGGUGAUAGUGAACUACCAUUUGUAUUGGAGCACAUCAUAAGCGGUCCAGUCGUCGCUCUGGAAUUAGUAGGGAAGGAUUGUUUGAAUAAUUGGAACCAGCUGAUGGGACCUUGUAACCCUAUAGAAGCUAGGAAGACACACCCCAGCUCUCUGAGGGCCAUUUAUGGCAGAGAUAGCACUGCCACCAGUGGCUUUCAUGGUUCACACAAUGCCGACGAGGUUGAAAGAGAGUCAAACUUCUUCUUUCCUAUGGGCAACAACAAGAUUCCGACAUCUACAGUCCAACUGGUCAAUACAACAUGUUGCAUUAUCAAGCCCCAUGCUAUAGUUGAAGGAAAACUAGGUUACAUCAUAUCUGAGAUAACAGAGUCACAUUUCAAAGUGACAGCAGCGCAAAUGUUCUAUCUCAGCAAUGCAAAUGCUGAUGAAUUCUUGGAAGUGUAUAAAGGAGUUGUGUCUGAUUAUCAUACAAUGCUUUGCAGCUUUGUAGAUGGUCCAUGUGUUGCUCUGGAGGUAGCGGGAAAGAACAGCGAUAUGGACGUUCAUGGGGAAUUUAGAAGAUUUGCUGGGCCGAUAGAUUCCGAAAUAGCGAGGCAAAUUAGACCUCAAACUUUAAGGGCAAAAUUUGGAAUCGACAAGUAUAGGAAUGCCAUACAUUGUACUGAUCUACCAGAGGAUACGGAACUGGAGCUUGAAUAUUUUUUCAAGGUCCUCAAAGACUAA